AUGGAUUCGUCCAAAGCCCCCGUCAAGCUGGUCAAGGUGACCCGCGUUCUCGGCCGAACCGGCUCCCGUGGUGGUGUCACCCAGGUCCGCGUCGAGUUCAUGGACGACCAGACCCGAUCCAUCAUCCGAAACGUCAAGGGCCCUGUUCGCGAGGACGACAUCCUGUGCCUGCUCGAGUCCGAACGUGAGGCCCGCCGCCUGCGAUAA